AUUUUACCAUCCUCUCUCGAUUAGAGAGGUGGAAGAUGGAGGGGACUGCUGGGGCACUCCGUCAGUCGGGGUUAUGCUGGUAGUAGUCGCUCUACUUUUCAUUGCGGAUAUCCGGGCAGCUGAAGGAUGCCGCGAUCCAAUAGUGGAAAUCUUAGUUUCACCGCUGGUAAGCAAGAAGGCGCUGCGCAUCAUGGACCUCUCCUGGGACGUCGGUUCACGAUGGAGGCCGGGUGAUUGGGUUGGCCUGUACAAUGUAAACCCGAGUUGGCAAGCAAAACCUGUAUUCAGGUCUCACGCUAAUGGAGCUUUGGGGACGGUGAGAACUGGAAUUGAAGAAGGUAGGGUCUUCUUGGAGCCCUACUACCACAAGCUGUGUCUUGGCUGGUGGGCCGCCUACUGGAGUCAGAACAGCUCCCAACCAAUGGCGGUGAGCUGCCUGAGCUCCAACCCACGAUGGAUGGAAGAACUGGAGCCCCUGAUCUCCUCGCUGAGGCUGAACGAAGCCUUUAUACCAGGCACCCACGACUCCGGGGCCUUCCACCUCGCGUACAGGCCCUUCAGCGACAACAGGCUCACCAAAUAUGUCUACGCGCAGGAUGAAAGCAUCAUGGAGCAACUCAUCCAUGGAGCCCGGUACUUGGACCUUCGAAUAGGACUUUACGAUGGGAAGUUCUGGGUGAACCAUGGAAUUGCCAAAGUUCAUCCUUUAGAAUUUAUCCUUAAAGAUGUAAAAACAUUUGUUGAUAAUACAAGAGAAAUAGUGAUCCUUGACUUUCAUGAAUUUCUGAAUGGUUUCAAAGAUAGAACUGCACAUAUCAAACUGCUCGAGUUCAUCAAACGAGAGGUAGGUGAACAUCUUGCUCCUCCUCAUCUUGGAUGGAGCGUGACGCUAGGUCAGCUGUGGAAGAUGGACAAAAGGAUAAUCGCUGCAUAUAAUGAAAAGACCAUCGUGAGGGAGAGAGCCGGCGAAGUGUGGUGGCCUGUCCGCCAUGCCUGGGGCGACAAGAGGAAGAUUCAGGAUCUAUUUCUCUAUUUGAAAAAUAUAUUCUCCAGAAAUUUAAAAACUCAAGGAAUUUUCUGGAGUGCCAUGGCUGAAUUGACACCUAACUUUUGGGACGUAUUGUUGGACAAACUGAAUGGAUUACGACAACUGGCUGAUGACACCAACAAGGAUAUCACUAACUGGUUUCGUGGAGAGUGGGGUUCCAAAGCCAACGGAGUUGCUGUGGAUUUUAUUAGAUCAAGCGGAAUUGUCGAAACAGCGAUUCGCUGGAACAAGAGAAAAGCUCGAUAUUCACUGUGUGAUUAAUAGUAUUUAUGAUGCUGUGAUACUUUUUUUUAAUGUUGAUAAUAAAAAUAUUUGUGUACAAAGUUUCAGUUAAUUCUGAGACUUAGAGUCUGAUCAAAGAAAUGUUCAGUAUUUUACCAUUUUAAACACAAAAACCUAAGGAUUUAUGUGAUAUAGUUUGUAAGUUUCAAGACUGUCAAAAUCACAAUUAGUUUAUUUGGUCUGUUUUGCCUCUGAUUGCUUAAAAUAACUGUGAAUUAUUAUAUUAUAGACAGUAUACCAUCUUACAUCGGUGUAUUUCAAAUUGCUCAUUGACGGAAGACGAAUACCAGCAGACGUACAGGGAAAGGAUGCCGUUGUAGAAUUUCCUAUGAUUACUGGCAAUGCCUUCUUAAAGAAACAUCUAGAAGUGAAAAACUCUCCUCUCUGUAAUUUAAUUAAGUUUCCUAUUCGAGAGCAUUCAUAGGUGCCAGUCAUUAAACGUAAGCUCUCCUUGAUCUGAGAUAAGAAAUACGACACAGUACAGAUCACAAUGGUAUUUGGCUGCUAGAUCCUUAAUGGCGGAACAUGAAAAAAAAAUUGUGAAAACUAACAAAAAAAUUAAACAAAUGAACAAAGAUAUGGGAAUAACAAAUAGAUCACUCAUAUUUACCCAUUUAUUAUCAUGACUGAUUGUAGAACUUGCCUGUCCGAAGAGAUGUGGUUCUAUAGUUUGUGUAUUAUUUUUUUUUAAACUCUAAGAUAGAUAUUAAAAGUUUGUAUCUUUAAAUAAAUAAAAUAUGUAUUUAAUAGAUAAAUUUGUAUUUAUUUCUUAAUAAAAC